CAUUUUGACUACUCUACUCGCCUUGCACGAUCUUCUGACUACCGAUUGCAUCGCUCGACCGAAAGUAGCCCGCAGUUGGCCACUGUUCCCGGUCGUGGCCAUCUUUGUGGACAUCUUCGACAGCGAAGCUUGGUUGAGAGCGAGCUAGUUUCAGGUCGGGCUAAUUGGUACAUUCCAGAAGACCAAGAGAAUCCUAUAUCCGGUAACACCUAUUCUUGUUUGGCAGGAAGCGAUGUUGCACAGUAUCCGGGAUCUCUUAAACUAACCCGUGUCUCCUCAUCUGGGCAGUAUGUCAGUGAUCAUUAG